GCCAGAUGCUGAACGUAAAAGGCUAGAACAGAUGGUAGCACAACAGAAGUUGGACGAUGUACCAGAGGAUGUUCGGGAAGCAAUAAGACAGAUGGACGCUGCAGAAAAUGCACAAAUCAAUAAAGAGCAAGAAGAGAAGCAGCUACCUCCUGAGGUCGUAGACUGGGAGGAGAGCAAAGUAUACAAAUUUAUGGACCAGGACACCAAGAGGAGAGUCCAGAAAUACUGGCAAAAUGCACCAUCAGGAGUAUACUUCUGGGAUGGAAGACAGUAUGGAGCACAAGUUUCAAGACAGGAUUUAAAAGACAUGAUCAUGGACGAACCGAUAGCAAGCAAUUGCAUCGAAUGUUAUGGAAUUCUCUUGACUGAUCAGCUGUUGGAGAAAGAAUCACAAGGCUUGGAUGUCCCAACUUUUAUGAAUCCCUUGUGCUGGAAUUCUGCAGAAAAUUUGACGGUGUAUUAUGUACAUCUGUACCUAUGCGAACCACUGUUCCAGAAUCUGGCAAGAUCCAACUAUAUAUUGUUCCCAAUCUCACAUGAAUCAGGAUUUCAUCAUACACUGCUCAUUUUUGACAAGGAAUUAAAGAACUGGUCCCACUGUGAUUCAAAAAGACCGAAAAAAUCAUCAACUGGAAAAUCCUUUAAAAAUGUACAAAAAAUGGUUGACAUGGUAGAACUUUGGAUGACAGCAGUAAAAGAACAAGCCGAUGACAUGCUGGAACAGGGAUGCAGAAUGAAAUUUGAUGAAAAGAACAGUUCAGAAGAAGAACUGAAAAUGAUGGAAGUUCCAUUGAUUGAAACCGAGAGAGAAAGCAUAAAGUGGAUCAAGAAUAACUAUAAAACAAAAAUGGCAGUGACAGAACUCAAAGACAACCCUCAGCAAGGAGAAGAUUCAUUGGAUUGCGGACUUUUUGUAAUGUACACAAUGGAGAAAAUUUCGAAAAAAGGGAGAAUUCCAAAGAAGCUCACAAAGGAUGAUAUUUUGAAGUUUAGAGCUCAUGUUGUAAAGUCAUUUGCAGAAAGUAGGCACAGCUGGAACUCAACACAUGAAGAAUCGUAGAAAUUUGUUUAGGGAAUAGGAUAGGUUAUAUA